CGUUGCCAUAAAACCCGUCACCAUGCUAUGGCGCCACAGCCCGCAGGCAUAAGUGCGUUUGGAGGUUUCCACCGUCCAGCCGGCCGGAGGCGACCGGCGGCCCCAUAUUAUCACUCUCUCCCAAGUCGGCAAGUCGCAACGCCACAGCCCGAGCCUGACGAGGCGAAGACGCGGAGGAAGGGAAGCGAUCGAGCAGAGUGAGACAGCAGCCAGACCAGAAGGGGAUGCCGGGCGCGCCAUGCAACGUCGAGCCGGCGGCGGGCCGCCGGUUGCGCUGGCGCGGGCUCAGCCGCCGGAGGCUCCCUGUCGCCCGGCUCGGCGGCGACAGGGCCGGGCGCGGCGGGGGGCGGGGAGUCCUGCGUAGGCUCCGGAUGCGCUGGCUUACGGCGCGGUGGCUGCGGCGCGCGGCCCGCAGGCUGGCGGCGAUCUACCUAGCGGCGCUCGCGGGCCCGCCGACCGGCGCGUCGUCGUCGUCGUCGUCGACCUGCCCGCCGUGGAUCGGCGUGGAGCCAUGCUUCGCCACGCCGUUCGUGAUCAGCACCAGGCCGUGCUGGUGAGGCGCCGCGCGCCGCGUGGAUGGUUUUCAGGCCGCGCCGGCCUGCAGCAGGUGAGAGGUGACCAUCCAUCCACGGCAAGGUAACCGUGUUCUACAGAGGAGACACCAGCAGACAUGAAGCUUUGGUGGUGCAGCAGCAACAACAACAAAAACCCAGCCAUGAAGCUGCCCAUGACUACAGAAACAGAAUCCAGAUGCAUGCAUGCAUAGAUCGAAUUGGACUAUCAUUUUCUUCUUGUUCUUCUUCCCGUCUCCUGUUCCUGUUCUUGUUCUUGUUUUAUUGUUAAUUAAGCAAACAAGUAGUAGUAAUCUCGAUCUAUAA